AUGGCAUAUACCGUCGCUUCCACGGCAUCAAUGAGCACAUAUGGAUGGGAUUCCACUCCAACCCUCUCACCACAUUACUACGGUCUGUCUCCGCAGCCAUCACCUCAACCCUCACCACAACCACAACUGCAACAGCCACACCUACAGCUGCAGCUGCAACAAGAUCAAACCGACCAAGAGACAGCCAGCACAUUCUGGCGAUUCCUAGCAUCAUGUUCCUCCUACCUCGUGCUAGCAGGCUUCUUAGUCCUCCCUCUAGCAUUCAACACCGACGACGAAACCAACAAUGAAACCACAACAACAUCUUCACAAUUCAACUCCCACGCCGAUCCAACAACAACCAUAAUCGCCGCAUCCGUGCUAAUCGCAAUCGGCUACACAAUAACCCUCAUGCUAAUCUACUUCCAAAGACACGAGCGCCAAUACCUCCUCCACUCUAUAUACAUACCAAACACAACAACCUCCCUCCUCUCCCUCCUCAACAUCCUCCUCAACAUCCUCUGCCGCCACCCAACCCAAUCUCCGGGCCCAUUAUCCCCGCUCCAAACAACCAGUCUCGUGCUUCCUAGCGUCUUCGCAUUCCUGUAUACCCUGGGCGCAUUAUUCAUCUACGCAGGCGAUAUCUUCAUCUUCACCAGCAGCAGCAGCAGCAGCAGUCCUACCACCAGCGGUAGUGGUAGCAGAGGACGAGGAAAGAAGAGGAAGACUAAGAACCAAAUACUAACAGAAGAGGAAAUGCAACGCCAGCAGCUGCAGCGACUGUUGGAUCAGAGCUCGAGUCCGAGACGAGGGCCGAGCCCCAAGGUCGUGCAGAAGACGUUUCGCGUGAGUGCGCCGGAGAGGAUUAAUCCUGGGAAGGGGUGGGAUACGUUUACGCCGGAUUCGAGGGUUGAUGGAAAUGGGGGUGAGCAUGGGAAUGGGAAUGGGGGUGGGUUUGAGGGGAGGUGGGGGUGA